AUGGAUGCUGCUGGAGGUGGUACUGGAUCUUCCCAAGUAGAAACUAUUGAUAAAGAACAAGUGUUUGAGUGGAUCUUAGAUUUGAGUGAUUCAAGUAAGCGAGAACAAGCACUGCUGGAAUUAAGCAAAAAGCGAGAAACAGUUCCUGAUCUACCUUUAUGGUUGUGGUAUUCAUUUGGCUCAAUGGCUUCUUUGUUGCAAGAAGUAAUCUCAAUCUAUCCAGCAAUCAUGCCACCGACACUUACCGCAGGGCAAUCUAACCGUGUAUGUAAUGCUCUGGCUUUGAUGCAAUGUGUUGCAUCGCACAAGGAAACUAGAAGUCCAUUUUUACAGGCUCAUAUUCCGUUGUUCCUGUAUCCAUUUUUGCACACAACGAAGACUUCGCGACCGUUUGAAUAUCUGCGCUUGACAUCUUUAGGUGUCAUUGGUGCGUUGGUGAAAACUGAUGAACAGGAAGUUAUCCAGUUCCUGCUUUCAACGGAAAUAAUUCCAUUAUGUUUGCGAAUUAUGGAAAACGGAACAGAAUUAUCAAAAACUGUUGCCACUUUCAUUUUACAGAAAAUAUUGCUUGAUGAUACCGGUCUAGCGUACAUCUGUCAAACUUAUGAGCGCUUUUCCCACGUUGCUAUGAUUUUGGGCAAAAUGGUGUUACAUUUGGCGAAAGAACCGUCACAGCGACUUCUGAAGCAUGUUGUUCGAGCACUGCAAGCAUUACGACAGUGUUUACCGGAUCAGCUGAGGGAUGAAACUUUUACUCGAGUCCUCGCAGAUGACAAAUCGACCAGACAUUGGUUGAAACAACUUCUGAAAAAUAUUGAUGCAAUUGUUAUUAUUUCUGAUGAAAAAUAUGGAUUUGUACAGAAUGGUUUUAUUACAAUGUUAUGUGAUUGCCAUCUCUUUUGUUACUAA